UUCAACCCCGCUUACUGUGCUAGCGACAGUGCGAAGUACUCUAGGAACGAAGCAGUCGACGGCUGGAACUAUAGAAAAUGCCCGGCUAUAUUAUACGGCUCAGUGCAGCAGGGACACACUGGAAAAAAACGUGCAUUCGCCGGGGCUUUCUGUUACGUAGGAGGAGGAGUCAGCAUGUUGCACAGAAAUAUUUAUUGGUCUGGUAUUUUCACUGUAAUGGUGCUUAGUUUUCUGCUUUACACUACAGCUUUAAGAGGGAUAUGGAGAUGCAGACCACCGAACUGCAUCAAGCGCCCACGGAAUAAGACCUGUAGAAGUCCAUGCGUGGGAUACUAUUGUAUAAAUGGAACGCUGCAGAUAGAACAAUCAGCAUUGCCGGACAUUGCAGUGCAUUUUACCAUGCUGGCCAGUGGAGCACCCGUAAUUUAUCUUUUGUGCCUUUCCCUCACUGAAGCGCUGAUGUUCUUUAAUAACGUCAAAUUUAUUCCGUAUCACUGCACCGUAACUCUCAGAGGGGAAUGCUUCCUUUUCAACAAGACAUUUACUGGGAGGAUUCGUAUAGCACGAAAAUGUGAAAUGUGGUCUUGUUAUCCUCAGAGCCAUACUGCGGUGGUAGUUAGGUGUGGCAAGCUUCCGCACGGCUGUUAUUCCCUUGGCGGACCCGACCUCCCACUCCCGAAGUGCUGUAGCAGCUACUGUGACCCAUAUAUGUAUGGCUGCCAUUACAAUGGAGUCAAGUUUAUUGGGCUACAAUAUUCUCGGCGCCCAUGCCAAAGACUGUCAUGUCAUCUAGAGAGCCAAGUCCUGGUAAAAAUGGAGUGUGGGGCACCUCCAGAAGGCUGCUAUCUCCAAGAAGGCACAGACAGACCGUUCCCGCACUGCUGUAGAGUCCGUUGUCCUGAGCUGAGUGUUUGUGUCACAAGUAAUGGCUCAUUGAUGAAAAGCGGAGAGAUCAUUAACUCAUCAGAUCCAUGCUUGCGCUACACGUGCAAGAACGGAUUCCUGUCGACACAGGGGCCCACAAUAUUCUUUGCACACGUAUUGCUGAAACAUGCUCGUCCAUGCAGCGCUUAUUGGCGUCCUUCUGGGAGCCGGAAGGGCCGUUGCCAGCGGCUAUAUAACCACAUUUGUCCCAAAGGCAGGAAAUGGAAGUGCUCGGAUCCUGGUCCUGGAUGCACGCGAGUGCACAACAACGAAACGAAAUUUCCUCAGUGCUGUGAAGAGAGAUGCUACGCUACAAGUGCCUGCAAACUUCCCAAUGGUGACUACCUGAGACACGGAGACUUUUUCAACAAUACCAAUCCAUGCGUGGAGUAUGGCUGCAAUAAUGGGAACCUAACUAUUAUGAAACAGUGCCCUCAAGAGAACGACCCCUAUUGCUUUCCUUCUCUUGGAACUGACCAACCUUUUCCCACAUGUUGUGGCGUGGCUAAACUCUGCUUAGGUGGGAGUGGCAAGAGAGCUAACAGGAAAAAGCGAUCGAAGGAAUCGAAGCGAUCGAGAGGAAACAAGGAAACGAGAAAUCGCAGUAGAUAAGCUUUGCAAGGCAGACGUUUUGGGACUCGUGACAGACGUCUCGGAGGCUGUACAUCACUGCAAAUAAAGAUGGUAGCAAGUGGU